AUGCCUUCUGAUGUAUUCAGUUAUAUCCUUGAAGACAUACAAGCUCAAAAAUGGCCUUUGGUUGUAACAGACACCCUACAUAUGCUCCAGGAGGACGACAAGUCUCUGAAAACGUCGGCUGAGUACGCUGAGUUUCUCAAAGCAAUUCAUGAGCCAUUAUGCGGAAAUCAGGCUAGAAAACGAAGACGGUCUGAAUCUUCGCCACCUCGGCCACAGAGUAACACUGACCUGCAGACCAUUACUGGUUGGGAAAUCUUCACCGUCGAAGUGACGGCUGAGCACUUCAAAUUCCCUCUCUAUUCGGUAAUGUUUAUCCAACACUCGGGCUGCUCCGUUCUAACGUUGCAGAUCUCGGCGGGUGAGCUGGGUGUCGACCAUGGCGACCCUCUUCAGCUGGAUGCAAUGCUCGAUCGAAUCUUCGGGAUGGCCAAACACCUUAACGCGGUUCUGCUUGUUGGAUGCUGCGUGAUGCGGGCUUGGUGUGCAAUUCGAUUGUACAUCGCCCCGUUCUCUGCUCUAUGUUUAGUCGUGGCGUAUCUCAAUUCCAACAUGCCAAAUCCACCAAUGCCCAGGCCAGGAUAUCAUGAGAUAUUGGCUGUCUCCACGGAGGGCAACGAGUAUGCCUUGAGCUGCCUUUGCCAACAGGCCGCAUGA